AUGAACCUGGCAGACUCGGAGCGGCUGGCCGGCGCGCUGGACGCCGCAGGGUACGCGCGGUCGCCCGACGCUGGCGCGGCCGACGUGCUGGUGUACAACACGUGCUCCAUCCGCCAGAAGGCGGAGGACAAGCUGUACGGCGCGCUGGGCGUGCACGCGGCGCGCAAGCGGCGCCUGGGCGCCGACCUGACCAUCGUCGUGGCGGGGUGUGUUGCGGCGCAGGAGGGCGCGGCGCUGCUGCGCCGCGUCCCCGAGAUCGACCUGGUGAUGGGGCCGCACCACGUCCACCGCCUGCCCGCCCUGCUGGAGCAGGUGAGCUCCGGCUCCCAGGUGGUGGCCACCGAGGAGCUGGACUGGGCGGAGGAUGUGAGCGUGCCGCGCCGCGACUCCACCCUCUCCGCCUGGGUCAACCUGAUCCACGGCUGCAACGAGCGCUGCACCUACUGCAUCGUGCCCACCACGCGCGGGCGGGAGCAGAGCCGGACCCCCGCCGCGAUCCGCGCCGAGAUGGCGGCCCUGGGCGAGGCCGGGUACCGCGAGGUCACGCUGCUGGGACAGAACGUGGACGCCUACGGCCGGGACCUGCCCGGGUCCGCGCCGGACGGCUCCGGCCGGCGCGCGCACACGCUGGCCGACCUGCUGCGCGCCGUGCACGACGUGCCCGGCAUCGCGCGCAUCCGCUUCGCCACCAGCCACCCGCGCUACUUCAGCCAGCGCCUGGUGGACGCCUGCGCCGACCUGCCCAAGCUCUGCGAGUUCUUCCACGUCCCCUUCCAGUCGGGCGAUGAUGAGGUGCUGCGACGCAUGGCACGCGGGUACACCGCCGCGCGCUACCGCGCCAUCGUGGAUGGCAUUCGGCGGCGCAUGCCCGACGCCUCCAUCAGCGGGGACGCCAUUGUGGGGUUCCCGGGCGAGACCGAGGAGCAGUUCCAGGGCACGCUGCGGCUGGUGGAGGAGGUGGCGGACCUCAUCAAGAGCGACCGCCUGCAGCGGCUGAACGUGGUGGUGAACCGGGUGGCGGGCCAGCGCGCGCAGCGCUUCCUGGACCGCGAGCUGGAGGUGCUAGUGGAGGGGCCCAACCCCAAGGACCCAGGGCAGGCGAUGGGCCGGUCGCGGCACAACAAGCUCGUCUUCUUUGACGGGGACGGGGCGGCACUGCGGGGCAGCCUGGUCAUGGUGCACGUGCACAAGGUGCAUGCCUACAGCCUGUUUGGGGAGCUGGCUGGGCGGCCCCUGGCGGCGCGGAUGUAG